AGAGGACCUGCUCUCUAUGUUCAUAUAAACGUCUCUUUCUUAGCUAACGAAAACACAACAAUUCUUAUUUUCAGGUGAUUAAACACUAAAGAAAACAUACUUAUUAAUAUUAUAUUCCAUUUUUGCCAAUAGAUCCCCUUAAAUGUUUCACACUGUUCCUUUAAGUAACUAAAUCAAAAUAUUAGAAACUCCUAUAAUUAUCAGGUGAUAUUAGGUUACAUGUCAGCUACAAAACAAGACCAUACAAAACAGAUCUGGCAAUCACUGCUUUGGUAAUUGAGUUUUCAAAAGCAACAUGAGACAGCAAACAGAGUUUCAAAUAAGCUAAAUUAUCUGUGCCCAACUUGCAGGUGCAUCGUUAAAGAAAAUGCAAAAUUAUUUAGUGGGGAGCAGCGUUGAAAAUCAUUACAACUGUAUGCCAUAAUCAGAAAAAACACAACUCUCAUAAGGAUACAGGAUGAUGGACACACAGUAGUGUACAGGGGUUUAGCAAGGGCUGCUAAUUGGCAACCUAAUGUGACCUUUGUAACCGUGUUUGCGAUGCAGAUUUACUUAUUUUAAGGUUGUUUUGUGAGGUGGUUUACAUGGUUUUGUCGGCCCCCUUUACUGCUGUGUGAUCAUAUUGCUGUAAUAUUUCCACGCUAUCUUUCCAAAAGUGGCUAGUUUCGCUUCAUCGGGUCAAGUGCACACGCUGCAUAAUGCAGAACAACUCCGCAGAGAGCCCGGAGUUGUGAACCCAAUUUUGCAGACACCCUAAUUUAAAGGACAGGGAGACAACAACAUGAUUCUGUGGGACUUGUUCUGCUUGUUGUGGAGAUUACUUUGGAGGCAGAGGGCAUUGUGUGGAGAUGAUAGUCGGUGAGGAAAAAAAAUAAAACGCCGAGCAGAACUGAUCCCACUUUACGCUUUUAGGGUCAGUGGUCGAAGUGGGCGCUUGGCCUCCGGGUCCCCGCGACAUGGAUCAGGGGCCCCGACGUAUAUCUGCUGAUUACAUCUCCUGAAGUGGAAAAAAUGCAAAUAAUAAAUGUAUGAGCAACGUGCUUGUUUUUUUGCUUGAUUAAUUAUGCCGUUUAAUUCCAGAUCCACCACGCCGCUCCACCGUAUAAUUUCCCAGUGGUCUUGGCUGUUUCUUCUCUCACAUGCGCUCUCUCCUUUUUCUUUUUUUUUUCCUCAUUGCAAAAUGAAUCAUGGAUCCAACCGUCUGCACCCGGGGGAGAGCGGCGAGCUGGCGAACGGGCUGACCAAUCAUGAGCAUCAGAGGCAGACACACAGACGGAGGGAGCCUUUUGUUGUGUGUGCUGCACUCAUCAAGUUAGAAGACAACUACCGAUUUGGCCUGGAGAAAAUUAAAAGAUGGAGAGACUCAUCCAAUCACACUGUCCAGUGUUUAUCUGAGUGGGUGGCGGAGUCUCGGCCCCAUUCAUAAUGUCAACUGGGACCAUGACCGCUCCUCUAUUCCCAGCCUGGCCAACCCUCUCUCAGCCUCCUGACAGCUCCAGGCAGGAUGCAGAUGAGGGCGAAGGUCGUCUCCGUAGCGAUCGACCCCACCGCCCCGCAGUAUGGCACUCUGACUGGCACAGCUUGAGGUGCCGGCGGAGGUGGUGUGGUGGGGGGGCCACCGCCAGGGCAGAGCAGGGGCUCCGGGAGAGGAGGAGGAGGAGAAGAAGGAAAAGAAGAGGAGGAAGAAGAGGAGGAGGAGGAGGAGGAGGAGGGAGACAAAGUGGAUCAGAUCAACAGCAGCAGACUGAACGCUGGAAAUGCCCGUCAGGUCUGAGUCCGUCACAUCCUCAGCCAAUCAGAGCCUUCGUUAACAGCGGCGUCGGCACGUGAUUGGGAGAAGGAUGGCAACCAUGCCGUUUGUCAGCGAGGGGAAGUGUGUGAGUGUGGAGUGGGAUUUCCUACAAGGACUGCUGGCCAAGCCUCCCACCCUUCCCUGUCUCCAGAACCUGCGCAAAGAGAAGUCUCGCAAUGCGGCUCGAUCGCGGCGGGGGAAGGAGAAUUUCGAGUUCUUCGAGCUGGCCAAGAUGCUGCCUCUGCCCGGCGCCAUCACCAGCCAGCUGGACAAGGCCUCGGUCAUCCGGCUGACCAUCAGCUACCUGCACAUGCGCACCUUCGCCAACCAGGGAGACCCGCCCUGGCUCCCUCUGAUGGAGGGAGACAGCAACUGCAAAGUACGACGAUCAUCUCGUUCUCUGGCCACGGACAUGUUUGAGCUGCACCUCGGGGCGCACCUCCUGCAGUCUCUGGAUGGCUUUGUGUUCGUGGUCAGUCAUGAGGGACGUUUCCUCUACAUCUCAGAGACAGUUUCUAUCUACCUGGGACUCUCACAGGUGGAGCUGACCGGCAGCAGCGUGUUUGACUACAUCCACCCGGCGGACCACGUCGAGAUGGCCGAGCGGCUGGGGAUCAGGCCGCACCUGAGGGCCGAGGCCGGCUGCCACACGGGGCCCGAGAGUGCUUCCAGCUCCGCGUCCACCUCCUCCCUGGCCGGCACCCCUGAACCCGCUCCGUCUAGUCCUCAUUCCACUGUUGACGAACCUCUCGACCGCGGCUACUUCAUCCGCAUGAAAUCCACGCUCACCAAAAGAGGCCUGCACGUCAAGUCUUCUGGAUACAAGGUAAUCCAUGUGACGGGACGAAUCCGCUGCCGCCUCGCACUCCCGGGCUCCGCUCGCUCAGUGCGUCGACCGAUGGGUCUAGUCGCGCUGGCACACACCCUCCCGCCCUCCACGCUUAACGAAGUCCGCAUGGAGAGCCAGAUGUUUGUCUUCCGAGUGAACAUGGACCUGCAGGUCACAUAUUGUGAGAACAGGAUCUCAGAGUAUAUGGAUCUGACCCCGGCUGAGGUGGUGGGACACACCUGUUAUCACUUCAUACAUGUAGAAGACCUGGAAAACCUCCGGCAGAGCCACGAGGACUUGCUGAGGAAAGGCCAGGUGGUGACCAAUUACUACCGCUGGCUCCAGAGGAGAGGAGGCUACCUGUGGAUCCAGUCCAGCGCCACCGUCUCCAUCAACCACAAAGCCCCCCACGAACGCAACGUCAUCUGGGUCAACUACGUCAUCAGUCGAACAGAAUUACCCGACACUCCGCUGGAUAUACUGCAGCUACCAGAGAACGUAAGAGCAGAACGACUUCGAGUUAGCUCGACCCCCACCGACAGCGCCCCACAGGCCCGAGGCUCACAGCCGGCGAAGAGCUCAGCGGGGAAGAGUGACCCCGACACUAAAGGCAGAGAGAAAUUCACCCCCGCCGCCGUCCAAUCAGAGGACAGGAGGAAGCGCCUGCUGAGGUCCGACCCCGAGGGCGCUCCUCCUGAAACCCGUCGCCGACUGGAGGAGCUCCGUCACGCCGAGGAGAGUGUGUCGGCCUCCUCAGAUUUGGCGAGCGAGAGCGAGGGGGAGGAGGAGGAGGAGACGGAGUGGGACCAGGGGGGAAACAGUGACAGGUUGAAACAGGAAGACGGUGGCGGAGGAGGUAAACUGAGUAGGGGUGGAGACGCCCCCUCUAGAGGGGGGGAGAGGGGGAGCAGGGUGCACAACGGCCGGGCUGUGAUCCAGCAGCUGAAGAACGUGGUGACCCCGUCUCCCCUGCCUGGCAGCCCCAGCAUCAAGACUGAACACGAAGCCCUGACCACCGGAGGGCGUUGGGGGUCACACACACAACCCUCCCAGCCCCAACCCUCACACGCACACACUCCCUCCAGCAGCCUCAACGGCGACAGCCCCACCACCCCGAUCCCUGACUCUUCCUCCAGCAGCGAGGCCCCUCCGAAAGGGUUGUUCACUCCCCCGUCCCCGGCUCUGUCCCCCGCCAUGUCCGUGUCCUCCCCGCUGCCCCGCGAGGACCGGAUUUUGUCGGGGGUGGUCAGUCGGAGCGGCGGUGGUGCUCCUGACUUUGAGCUGCUCCAGAGACUGGCUGCGGGCGGCGCAGCGGGGCGGGUCCUCUUCCACCCCCUCGCCCUCGGCCCGCAGGGCCCUCAGAGCCUCUACGCCCCCAGCACUAUCCGCUACGCUCCACCUGAGCUGCCCCCCUCCCACCACCACGGCGUAGAACACAGCGAUGGCCUGCAGCUACGCUCAGACCACCACAAGGGACCCCCGCCAGCCUUCUUCCCCCACCUACAGCGGUUGGCCGGCUUGCCACCCUUCAGUGGUUUCUCCCCGUCUGACAGCCCUUUCUCCUCCGGCCUGCCCUUCUGUAUGAACGGACUGAGGGGGGCCGCCGGCUCCGAGGAGGACUGAGACUCAGAAGGGAGGAGAGGAUGUGGAGCAGAGUGACAGAGCAGAAAGAGAGAUAUUGAAAAGGGCAGGAGAGACAGAAAGUGGCAGGACAUUAAGCCUCUAAGGACGUUACUAAUUGGACAAUGAGUUGAAUAACUGCGGUUUAAAACAUGUGACAAGUCGCUGCCACGGGGAAUUAUUGUGUCCGCCCAUCAUGGACAAGUGACAGUGACUCUCAGAGAAAACGGGACAUGGAAACUUUUGACUGGUUGUCCCUCAAGACUUUCCGUCUGCGCGACAAUAACGAACUCUGCUCUGCGUCUUUCUCCUGACGACUGUGUUGAUUUCUGUGUCUCUUCCACUCAGAGAAGCCAUAUUGUACAUAGAGACAAAACCAUAAAGACCCUCAGCUCACAUCCUCCUCACUGUCUGUCACUCCAAUUAACCCGAUUAACCCUAAAGCCAGUAGAAAGAGACGGACACUCGUCUGUAGGAAUGAAAGCGACUUUGGAAUAUAAAUUUUUAUUAUUGCAGUAUUAUACGAAUCAUCUCUGACACGGAGAUCCAGGUGAAGAAUUUAAUUAUAGGGUUUCCCUUAAAAUAGACGGAGAAAGCCCUCUGGUGUUUUUGUAUCGAGAUUCAAAAUGAUAAUGAUAAAAAAAGUAUUCAUCAGUCAGCCAUACUUAAAGCACACUGUUGGGACAAAAAUAUGAAUAAUGUCGUCCCAGACAUUCCAUUAUAUAUAUAAGGGAAAAAAUGCAAUGCAGACAGGACGCUAUAUUUCUGUUGUUUGAUCAUAGGAAGGUCAUUUGUUUAACUGAGUAUUAAUUAUAGUAUAUUCUGUAUGAUGCUGCGGCUGUGUUUGUGUAUGAAAGCCAUAUUCUUGUUUUUUUUAAGGUUUAUAUUGAAUUUUUUUCACCAGAUAAAACAGAUGGAAAGAUGCUGUGAAAAUUGUGUCUAGACGGACAAAAUAACGUUGUUUUAUUGGAUGUACAAUAUCAUCCAUAUACCUUUUUUUAUUAUUCUCUAAAAAAAGAUAUUUGAAAAAUGUUUUUAGGAGGGGAAAUGGUGCUGGACACAAGUGUUUAUUAUCAUUUUAAACCUUUCCGAGCACUUAACUGAAAUUUGUUCUGGUGUGAACUCAAAGCACUUCAUCACUUAGCACUCACUGUGUGAUCCUGUUAAAACAGAAAACAAUGCAAGAGUGGUCACUAAUAUGGUAGCCUGACCACAGCGUAGUGUAGUGGAGGGGAUAAAUGGUCAUUUAAAAAAAGGCAGAUGAAUAAACAGACCACGUUAAAAGAAGACGACCAUAAGGGGUCAAUAAAAAUAACCAGAAUUAUUCUGAUAUUAGUUUCAGUUCAAUUCAGUCAACUUGAAGUAAAGUUUGAAAUUCAAAAGUGGAAAUAUAAAACACUUUAAAUUUAGAUUGAUCUCACUGAUUGAUUGGACUUCCUCUCAGGACUGAAAAUCAAACAAACCAAUACAAAACACUUUUUAUAUGAAAAUAAAUAAAUAAUUAAUCAGUUUAUUGGUUGUCUAAAAGAUGCUCAAACAAUUGAGAAUCUUCAUUCCAAAAUGUGAUAUUUAACAUUUGAAAAUGUUAAUCAAUACAGCCAAAAGCAUUAUUAAAAAAUUGUGACAAUAAUAAGCAAUGAUAUAAAUACUCAGAAAUAAACAUUAGAGAGCUCUCUAGCACUUUGGAAUAAAAACUGAUCUACCAUGUGAUCAAAAUACACCUACAUUUAUAAAAAUCAGUGGAAAACCAAGUCUUGAAAAUGAUGCCAUGAAGCCAGACACUGUUUGUAAGUUGUUUAUUGUUUCGCUUCCAAAAUUGAGAUUAUGGUCGACUGUCUGAUCUGAGAGCUCAGUUUAUGUGGAAAACUUAUGUGGGUGUCUGAAAACACUUUUUAUAUGAAAAAAAUUAAAAAACAGUUUGUAUUUAAUCAGUGCAUUGAACUGAAGUGACUCACAAACAAUUUGGUUAUUGUUAUUACUCAAACAAUUGAUCAUUUUCAUUCCAAAAUGUGAUAUUUAACAUUUGAAAAUGUUGGUAUCAAUAAAGCCAAAUGCAUUAUUGAAAAAUUGUGACACUUAUACGAUAAUAAUCAAUGAUAUAAAUACUCAAAAACAAACAUCAGAUCGCUCUCUAGCACUUUGGAAUAUAAAGUUCUUCAAACUGAUCUACCAUGUGAUCAAAAUAAACCUAAAUUUAUUUUUUAAAAAUGAUCAAAAGUGAUGCCAUGAAGCCAGACACCGUAUGUAAGUUGGUUUUUUUUGCUUCCAAAUUGAGAUUAUGUUCGACUGUCUGAUCUGUGCGCUCAGUUUAUGUGGAAAUCUCUGAUGUCUGACAGAAAAAAAAGAAGAAGAAGAAGAAGCAUUUCUAAUCGUUCAGAUCCGACGUGCACUACGCACCCACACUGUAGCUGUCACAUGCAAAUAUGUGUGAGCGCACAUACUCUCGGGUGUUUAAUGGUAUAACGUGUGUGUGUGUGUAUGAUUGCGUGCGUGUGCUUGUACAAGUGUGUAUGUUUUUUUUUUAUUUUUUUUGUUGAAUUAAAUAGCUAACCCUUUGCCCAUCACUGUGAAUCUAACGUUAUCCUCCCAUCUUUGUGAAUACUCCAUCCGCUCAUCAAAUAAAAUGAACAAAUGUAAAAAGAAAAACAGUGAAAUACAGAUGACCAUAACAAUAAAAUAUUCCAGUAGAGGAGCACAACUCAA